UACAUAUCCGUUAUAUUUUCGUUAGGAAUUUAUAUUACGAAUUACAUAUAUAAAGACCUAUUAGUUCUCAACUAAAUUCAUUAACACAAAACAUAAGAAAAUAACACGUUAUAAAAACAAAAUAAUACUUCAGAAACAAAGAAAAAUAGAAAAAAACAUGAACAAGAUCAAAUCUUUAGUUGUUGUUACUACCAUUACAAUAAUUUUGUUGUUGGUUAUUACAGAACAAGCAAGUGCAAUUAAUCAAGAUCUUUUCUGUAAUGGUCCGUGCAUUGACACUGUCAAAUGUGAGCAGUUGUGCAAGCCACAAGGUUACAGUACCUGGUUAUGUCAAUCUUUUGGAACCAAGAAGUUUUGUUGCUGCGUUCCAACAAAGAAGCAAAUCUUUGAAGAAACUGUUCAAUUGAAUUAUAUAUUAAAGUGA